GAGAAAGAGAAGAUCUAACGUAAAUUAAUCAUGGCAGCAAUCGGCGGGGAGAUCGUAGCGAUUCACGCGGCGGCGAGACUCGCCGGAGAUACAACCGGUAAAGCGGUUUCCGCUAGGAAUUUGUCAUUCGCUUCAUCUAACCUGUCCGGCGAUAAGAUCUCGUCGAAAUCAGCUAAUCUGCGACGUCGUUCUGAUGCUACAGCAUCGUGCCAGAGAACUCCGAUCGUCGUCUCCCCGAAGGCAGUAUCGGAUACAAAGAAUUCACAGACCUGUCUCGAUCCUGAGGCCAGCAAAAGUGUGCUUGGAAUCAUACUUGGUGGAGGAGCUGGGACUCGAUUGUAUCCUCUAACGAAGAAGAGAGCAAAACCAGCUGUUCCAUUGGGCGCAAACUAUCGCCUGAUAGAUAUUCCUGUCAGCAACUGCUUGAACAGCAACAUAUCGAAAAUAUAUGUUCUUACGCAAUUCAAUUCUGCAUCUCUCAAUCGUCAUUUAUCACGGGCAUAUGCUAGUAACCUGGGUGGUUACAAGAAUGAAGGAUUUGUUGAAGUACUUGCUGCACAGCAAAGUCCAGAAAAUCCCAAUUGGUUCCAGGGAACAGCUGAUGCAGUGAGGCAAUACUUGUGGCUGUUUGAGGAGCAUAAUGUUCUAGAGUUCUUGGUUCUUGCUGGGGAUCAUCUAUACAGAAUGGAUUAUGAGAGGUUUAUUCAAGCACACAGAGAAACUGAUGCUGAUAUUACAGUGGCUGCACUGCCAAUGGAUGAAGAACGUGCCACUGCAUUUGGUCUGAUGAAGAUUGACGAAGAAGGGCGAAUAAUUGAAUUCGCAGAAAAACCGAAAGGAGAGCAGUUAAAAUCUAUGAAGGUUGAUACAACAAUUUUAGGUCUUGAUGAUGAGAGAGCAACAAAAAUGCCUUUCAUUGCAAGUAUGGGUAUUUAUGUUGUAAGUAAAGACGCUAUGAUAAGUCUUCUUCAGGACAAGUUUCCCGGAGCUAAUGAUUUUGGAAGUGAAGUUAUUCCCGGUGCAACUAAAAUUGGAAUGAGAGUGCAAGCUUACUUGUUUGAUGGGUACUGGGAAGACAUUGGUACAAUAGAGGCCUUCUACAAUGCCAAUUUGGGGAUCACAAAAAAACCCAUUCCAGAUUUUAGCUUCUAUGAUCGAUCAGCUCCAAUCUAUACACAACCUCGAUAUCUACCCCCUUCCAAGAUGCUUGAUGCUGAUGUGAUGGAUAGUGUUAUCGGUGAAGGCUGUGUAAUCAAGAACUGCAAGAUUCACCAUUCUGUUAUUGGUCUUCGGUCAUGCAUAUCAGAAGGAGCAAUUAUAGAAGAUACAUUGCUAAUGGGAGCAGAUUAUUAUGAGACUGAAGCUGACAAAAGGCUUUUGGCUGCAAAGGGUGGUCUGCCUAUUGGUAUUGGCAGGAACUCUCACAUAAAGAGAGCUAUAGUUGACAAGAAUGCUCGCAUUGGAGAGAAUGUUAAGAUUUUGAAUAGUGACAAUAUUCAAGAAGCAGCCAGGGAAUCAGAAGGGUUCUUCAUCAAGAGCGGAAUUGUUACAGUCAUAAAAGACGCCUUAAUUCCUAGUGGCACAAUCAUUUAACAAAAUCCUCCUAUCUCGACUCUGGAUGUCGACCAUAUAAAUUACCUUAAUAACCUAUACCAUGUUACAGAA